GGGUGAAUAAAAGUGAAUCUUCCCCAGAUAUGGGCUGAGGAAGAGAGAAAUGUUGAGGUGGAAAAGCCAUGUCUCAUAGGUGCAGUAUUUUUAAGGUUAGGUGUUGAGAGUUAGGGGUUCAAGUUUGGAAUGAAUGAAGCUCCUCCUUGCCAAAUACUGCUGAGUGCUAGAAGCACAGCCAGGGAACAGCUAGAGGGACACAAAUGGUUGCUUCUCGUUUUUAUCUCUGAAGAGGGCCUCUUAAGCAGUCCACUCGGUAGCUUUUGUCCCUGGGUUGAAGUUGGUAAAUUCACUUGUCUGAAGUGUUUAUCAUUGACCUUGAUGUUCUGGUGAGUCGUUUUGGUGCAUCACUUGUCCCCAGAGUCCACUUGACCGUGUAGACAGAUGUCUCCUUUCUCUCAGACAGUGUGGAGUGAAUUCCUGCAGAGUUGUGGGGAUGUUUGUUGGUUCUUAUUGCUGCCCUCCUGGGCAGCCAAGGUAGAGAGCCCAAAGCCUAGUGAAUUUGAAUUAAAACUCCACUCUUUUUCUCUUCGCCUUGCUUCCAGACAGCCACUUAAUGAAUUGACACCUGUGUUCAGGACCGAUAAGUGAAGAUAUUUCCUGAGUGUGGCCUGAGGUCAUGCCUGGCAAAUCUUCCAAGGGGAGCUAGGAUUAUUCCUGGGUUUGAGAAAUUACAUUGUGGGCACUUUAAGAGGCUUAAUUUUCUCCUAUCAGGGCUCUCUUUUGGCUCCACACCUGUCACUCUGGGCCCUCCUUUACCAGGUUAAAUGAACUCUCCUGGGCACAAGACAUCUGCCUGAGGCCCGGCCACAGAGCACUUGGGUUCAGUGCAUCCAAGAAGAAAGGGCACAUGUCUUUGGAGGAUAUUUACAGUGAUUUGAAUGUGCGCUGCUGCAGGGUAACACCUGGACUGGGCCCAGGCCCCUCCACACUUGGCUGCCCACAGUUCCUAGAUCGACUCAUUGAGACCGUAUUGCUGCUGAAGGCUACUCAGAUGCUUCUGGAUAUCCACAGAGAAAUUGACUCUUCACAUAAACUGAAAAUUUAGACAUUCUGAGUGAAAGUCUUCAACCCAUUUUGGAAAAUGGUGGCCCUGUCCUUAAAGAUUUGUGUCCGCCACUGCAAUGUGGUGAAGACUAUGCAGUUUGAACCAUCUACAGCCGUGUAUGAUGCGUGUCGAGUCAUUCGGGAGCGGGUACCUGAGGCACAAACCGGCCAAGCUUCUGACUAUGGGCUGUUUCUCUCAGAUGAAGACCCCAGGAAAGGGAUUUGGCUGGAAGCGGGUAGAACACUGGAUUACUACAUGUUACGCAAUGGGGAUAUUUUGGAAUAUAAAAAGAAACAGAGACCUCAGAAAAUCCGGAUGCUGGAUGGAUCUGUGAAAACGGUGAUGGUGGACGACUCCAAGACUGUUGGGGAGCUCCUGGUUACUAUCUGCAGCAGGAUAGGAAUAACAAACUAUGAAGAAUACUCUUUAAUCCAAGAAACAAUUGAAGAAAAGAAAGAGGAAGGGACGGGCACACUAAAAAAAGACAGGACGCUGUUGCGAGAUGAGAGGAAAAUGGAGAAGUUGAAGGCCAAGCUCCACACAGACGACGACUUAAAUUGGCUGGACCACAGUCGAACAUUUAGAGAACAGGGCGUCGAUGAAAAUGAAACGUUGCUGCUUAGACGGAAGUUCUUUUACUCGGAUCAGAAUGUAGACUCAAGGGACCCGGUGCAGCUGAACUUGCUGUAUGUUCAGGCUCGGGAUGAUAUCCUGAACGGCUCCCACCCUGUCUCCUUUGAGAAAGCUUGUGAGUUUGGUGGAUUUCAAGCCCAGAUACAAUUUGGACCUCAUGUAGAACAUAAACACAAACCUGGAUUCUUAGACCUAAAGGAAUUCCUGCCCAAAGAAUACAUCAAGCAGAGAGGAGCAGAAAAGAGAAUAUUUCAGGAGCACAAGAACUGUGGAGAGAUGAAUGAAAUAGAGGCCAAAGUGAAGUAUGUCAAACUUGCCCGCUCCCUCCGGACAUACGGUGUGUCCUUUUUCCUGGUGAAGGAGAAGAUGAAAGGCAAGAACAAGCUGGUGCCUCGCCUCCUGGGGAUCACCAAGGACUCGGUGAUGCGCGUGGAUGAGAAGACCAAGGAAGUGCUGCAGGAGUGGCCGCUCACCACUGUCAAGCGCUGGGCAGCCUCUCCUAAGAGCUUCACACUGGAUUUUGGGGAAUAUCAGGAAAGCUACUAUUCAGUACAAACAACUGAAGGAGAGCAAAUAUCCCAGCUGAUUGCAGGCUACAUUGACAUCAUCCUCAAAAAGAAACAAAGUAAAGAUAGAUUUGGACUAGAAGGCGAUGAAGAGUCAACUAUGUUGGAAGAGUCUGUUUCCCCAAAAAAGUCCACCAUCUUGCAGCAGCAGUUCAAUCGGACAGGGAAGGUGGAGCACGGCUCAGUGGCGCUGCCUGCUGUCAUGCGCUCCGGCUCCAGCGGGCCCGAGACCUUCAAUAUUGGCAGCAUGCCAUCACCGCAGCAGCAGGUCAUGGUUGGGCAGAUGCACCGCGGCCACAUGCCCCCACUGACCUCAGCCCAGCAGGCCCUCAUGGGUACCAUCAACACGAGCAUGCAUGCUGUUCAGCAGGCCCAGGAUGACCUCAGUGAGCUUGACUCACUGCCACCUCUUGGCCAGGAUAUGGCGUCUAGGGUAUGGGUUCAGAAUAAAGUUGACGAAUCCAAACAUGAAAUCCAUUCUCAAGUGGAUGCCAUCACAGCUGGAACAGCUUCAGUUGUUAACCUCACGGCUGGUGACCCUGCAGACACUGACUACACAGCUGUAGGAUGUGCAAUCACCACCAUUUCUUCCAACCUGACGGAGAUGUCCAAGGGUGUGAAGCUGUUGGCGGCCCUCAUGGAUGAUGAGGUGGGAAGUGGGGAGGACUUACUCAGAGCAGCCAGGACCCUCGCUGGAGCAGUGUCAGACUUGCUGAAAGCUGUGCAGCCCACUUCUGGAGAGCCUCGACAGACAGUGUUGACUGCUGCUGGAAGCAUUGGACAAGCCAGUGGGGAUCUUCUGAGACAUAUCGGAGAGAAUGAGACUGAUGAGCGAUUCCAAGAUGUUUUGAUGAGUUUGGCUAAAGCUGUUGCCAAUGCUGCUGCCAUGUUGGUACUAAAGGCAAAGAAUGUUGCCCAGGUGGCUGAAGAUACAGUCCUGCAGAAUAGGGUGAUUGCUGCUGCCACCCAGUGCGCCCUCUCCACCUCCCAGCUCGUGGCAUGUGCCAAGGUGGUGAGCCCCACCAUCAGCUCCCCUGUGUGCCAGGAGCAGCUGAUUGAAGCGGGGAAACUCGUGGACCGCUCUGUGGAAAACUGCGUCCGUGCCUGCCAGGCGGCCACCGAUGACAGUGAGCUCCUGAAGCAGGUCAGCGCAGCAGCCAGCGUGGUCAGCCAGGCCCUGCACGAUCUCCUGCAGCAUGUGCGACAGUUUGCCAGCCGAGGCGAGCCCAUCGGCCGCUACGACCAGGCCACCGACACCAUCAUGUGUGUCACCGAGAGCAUCUUCAGUUCCAUGGGUGAUGCUGGUGAAAUGGUGCGCCAGGCCCGGGUCCUGGCCCAGGCCACCUCAGACCUUGUCAAUGCCAUGCGGUCAGAUGCGGAAGCGGAAAUCGACAUGGAGAAUUCAAAGAAGCUUCUGGCAGCAGCAAAACUCUUGGCUGACUCCACAGCUCGCAUGGUGGAAGCUGCAAAGGGGGCUGCAGCCAAUCCUGAGAAUGAGGACCAGCAGCAAAGACUGAGAGAAGCUGCAGAAGGUCUCCGGGUGGCAACCAACGCUGCCGCACAGAACGCCAUUAAGAAGAAAAUUGUCAACCGAUUGGAGGUUGCAGCCAAGCAGGCUGCUGCUGCAGCCACACAGACCAUUGCCGCCUCCCAGAAUGCAGCCCUGUCCAACAAGAACCCUGCAGCCCAGCAGCAGCUCGUCCAGAGCUGCAAGGCAGUAGCUGAUCACAUCCCUCAGCUGGUCCAGGGGGUCAGAGGGAGCCAAGCCCAAGCAGAAGAUCUCAGUGCCCAGCUGGCUCUCAUCAUCUCCAGCCAGAACUUCCUCCAGCCUGGAAGCAAGAUGGUGUCCUCUGCCAAAGCCGCAGUGCCCACUGUGAGUGACCAGGCUGCAGCCAUGCAGCUGAGCCAAUGCGCCAAGAACCUCGCCACCAGCUUGGCAGAGCUACGUACCGCCUCACAAAAGGCCCACGAAGCCUGUGGUCCUAUGGAAAUUGAUUCAGCUCUGAGUACCGUGCAGACACUGAAGAGUGAAUUGCAGGACGCCAAGAUGGCCGCCGUGGAGAGUCAGUUGAAACCACUUCCAGGGGAGACGUUGGAAAAAUGUGCACAAGACCUGGGAAGUACAUCUAAAGCUGUGGGCUCCUCCAUGGCUCAGCUCCUGACCUGUGCUGCCCAAGGCAAUGAGCACUACACGGGGGUGGCUGCUAGAGAGACAGCUCAAGCUCUGAAAACAUUGGCCCAGGCUGCCCGUGGAGUGGCUGCAUCCACAAACGACCCUGCAGCUGCACAUGCCAUGUUGGAUUCUGCUCGAGACGUGAUGGAAGGCUCGGCCAUGCUCAUUCAAGAAGCCAAGCAGGCCCUGAUUGCCCCUGGUGAUGCAGAGAGCCAACAGAGACUAGCCCAGGUGGCCAAAGCUGUCUCUCACUCUUUGAAUAACUGUGUAAACUGCCUCCCUGGGCAGAAGGAUGUAGAUGUGGCCUUGAAGAGCAUCGGAGAGUCCAGCAAGAAGCUGCUCGUGGACUCGUUACCUCCAAGCACAAAGCCUUUUCAGGAAGCCCAGAGUGAACUGAAUCAAGCAGCAGCUGAUCUGAACCAGUCUGCUGGGGAAGUGGUCCAUGCCACCCGGGGCCAGAGUGGAGAGCUGGCUGCAGCAUCCGGGAAGUUCAGUGAUGAUUUCGACGAAUUCCUCGAUGCUGGUAUUGAGAUGGCAGGCCAAGCCCAGACGAAAGAAGACCAGAUCCAAGUGAUAGGGAACCUCAAGAAUAUCUCUAUGGCAUCCAGCAAGCUGUUGUUAGCAGCCAAGUCUCUCUCUGUGGAUCCAGGAGCCCCCAAUGCAAAAAAUCUCCUGGCUGCAGCUGCAAGAGCUGUGACAGAGAGUAUCAAUCAACUCAUCACUCUAUGCACCCAACAAGCUCCUGGCCAGAAAGAGUGUGAUAAUGCCCUACGGGAGCUCGAGACUGUCAAAGGGAUGUUGGACAAUCCUAAUGAACCUGUUAGUGACCUCUCUUACUUUGACUGCAUUGAGAGCGUGAUGGAAAACUCCAAGGUUCUGGGCGAGUCGAUGGCAGGAAUUUCACAGAAUGCCAAAACAGGGGACCUCCCUGCCUUUGGGGAGUGUGUGGGGAUUGCAUCCAAGGCUCUCUGUGGACUGACAGAGGCCGCAGCCCAGGCAGCAUACCUGGUUGGCAUCUCUGAUCCAAACAGCCAGGCGGGCCACCAGGGCCUUGUAGACCCCAUCCAGUUUGCCAGGGCGAACCAGGCUAUCCAGAUGGCAUGCCAGAACCUGGUGGAUCCCAGCAGCAGCCCCUCACAGGUUCUGUCUGCCGCCACAAUUGUCGCCAAGCAUACCUCUGCCUUGUGCAAUGCCUGCCGAAUUGCCUCGUCCAAGACGGCCAACCCAGUGGCCAAGAGGCACUUUGUCCAAUCAGCCAAGGAAGUGGCCAACAGCACCGCCAACCUGGUGAAGACCAUCAAGGCCCUGGAUGGGGAUUUCUCUGAAGACAACCGCAAUAAGUGCCGCAUUGCCACUGCACCCUUGAUCGAAGCUGUGGAGAACCUGACAGCAUUUGCCUCCAACCCUGAGUUUGUCAGUGUUCCUGCCCAGAUAAGCUCUGAGGGCUCACAGGCACAGGAACCAAUUCUGGUCUCAGCCAAGACCAUGCUGGAGAGCUCAUCAUACCUCAUCCGCACUGCACGCUCACUGGCUAUCAACCCCAAAGACCCGCCCACCUGGUCUGUGCUUGCUGGACAUUCCCAUACUGUGUCUGACUCCAUCAAGAGUCUCAUCACAUCUAUCAGGGACAAGGCCCCUGGACAGAGGGAGUGUGACUACUCCAUCGAUGGCAUCAAUCGGUGUAUACGGGACAUUGAACAGGCCUCACUGGCUGCUGUCAGCCAGAGCUUGGCCACAAGGGAUGAUAUCUCUGUGGAGGCCCUGCAGGAGCAGCUGACAUCGGUGGUCCAGGAAAUCGGACACCUUAUCGACCCCAUUGCCACAGCGGCUCGGGGAGAAGCAGCUCAGUUGGGACAUAAGGUGACACAGCUGGCAAGCUACUUUGAGCCCUUGAUCUUAGCUGCAGUUGGUGUCGCCUCUAAGAUCCUGGAUCAUCAGCAGCAGAUGACAGUGCUGGACCAGACCAAGACACUCGCAGAGUCUGCCCUGCAGAUGUUGUACGCAGCCAAAGAAGGUGGAGGGAACCCCAAGGCCCAGCACACCCACGACGCCAUCACAGAGGCCGCCCAGCUCAUGAAGGAGGCCGUGGACGACAUCAUGGUGACCCUGAAUGAAGCUGCCAGUGAAGUGGGGCUGGUGGGGGGCAUGGUCGAUGCCAUUGCAGAAGCCAUGAGCAAGCUGGAUGAAGGCACUCCUCCAGAGCCAAAGGGAACAUUUGUUGACUAUCAGACGACUGUGGUUAAAUACUCCAAAGCCAUUGCGGUAACAGCUCAGGAAAUGAUGACUAAGUCGGUUACUAACCCGGAGGAGUUGGGAGGACUGGCUUCACAAAUGACCAGUGACUAUGGGCACCUGGCUCUUCAGGGCCAGAUGGCAGCAGCCACGGCGGAACCAGAGGAGAUCGGCUUCCAGAUUCGCACUCGUGUGCAGGACCUGGGCCACGGCUGCAUCUUCCUGGUGCAGAAGGCAGGGGCCCUCCAGGUGUGCCCCACGGACAGCUACACCAAGAGGGAGCUGAUCGAGUGUGCCCGCACGGUCACAGAGAAGGUGUCCUUGGUGCUCUCAGCUCUCCAGGCUGGGAACAAAGGGACCCAAGCAUGUAUCACAGCCGCCACAGCCGUGUCUGGGAUCAUUGCCGACUUGGACACCACCAUCAUGUUUGCGACUGCAGGAACCCUCAAUGCUGAGAACAAUGAGACCUUUGCAGACCACAGGGAGAACAUUCUGAAGACAGCCAAGGCAUUGGUAGAAGACACAAAACUCCUGGUGUCAGGGGCUGCAUCCACGCCAGAGAAGCUGGCCCAGGCAGCCCAGUCUUCAGCAGCCACCAUCACCCAGCUCGCCGAGGUGGUCAAACUGGGGGCCGCCAGCUUGGGCUCUGAUGACCCUGAGACCCAGGUGGUGUUGAUCAACGCCAUCAAAGAUGUGGCCAAGGCUCUUUCAGAUCUCAUUGGUGCUACCAAGGGAGCUGCCAGCAAGCCAGCUGAUGACCCCUCCAUGUACCAGCUCAAGGGGGCUGCCAAGGUAAUGGUGACCAAUGUCACCUCCCUCCUCAAGACUGUGAAGGCAGUAGAGGACGAGGCCACCCGGGGCACACGGGCACUUGAGGCCACCAUCGAGUACAUGAAGCAGGAGCUCACGGUGUUCCAGUCAAAAGAGGUACCUGAGAAGACAUCAUCACCUGAAGAAUCAAUAAGGAUGACGAAAGGCAUCACCAUGGCAACAGCCAAAGCUGUGGCAGCUGGGAACUCAUGUAGACAGGAGGAUGUGAUUGCCACCGCCAAUCUGAGCCGGAAAGCUGUGGCAGAUAUGUUGACAGCUUGCAAGCAAGCAUCUUUCCACCCUGAUGUCAGCGAGGAGGUGCGCACCAGAGCCUUGCGGUACGGAACGGAGUGCACCCUUGGCUACCUGGACCUUCUUGAGCACGUCUUGGUGAUUCUUCAGAAACCAACCCCAGAACUGAAGCACCAGCUGGCUGCUUUCUCCAAGCGAGUGGCCAGCGCUGUGACUGAGCUCAUCCAGGCAGCAGAAGCCAUGAAAGGAACAGAGUGGGUGGACCCAGAAGACCCAACCGUCAUUGCAGAAACAGAAUUACUGGGGGCUGCAGCAUCCAUUGAGGCUGCUGCUAAGAAGUUAGAGCAACUGAAGCCAAGAGCAAAACCAAAACAAGCAGAUGAGACUCUGGAUUUUGAAGAACAGAUUUUGGAAGCUGCUAAAUCCAUUGCUGCUGCCACAAGUGCCCUGGUCAAAUCUGCCUCCGCCGCCCAGAGGGAGCUGGUGGCCCAAGGAAAGGUGGGCUCCAUCCCUGCCAAUGCUGCAGAUGACGGACAGUGGUCACAGGGACUGAUUUCAGCCGCCCGGAUGGUGGCAGCUGCAACCAGCAGUCUCUGCGAGGCAGCCAAUGCCUCCGUUCAGGGACAUGCCAGUGAGGAGAAGCUCAUCUCAUCCGCCAAGCAGGUUGCUGCUUCCACAGCUCAGCUGCUUGUGGCCUGCAAAGUGAAGGCCGAUCAGGAUUCAGAGGCCAUGAGGCGGCUACAGGCAGCGGGAAAUGCUGUGAAAAGAGCUUCAGACAAUCUUGUUCGUGCAGCCCAGAAGGCAGCAUUUGGGAAAGCUGAUGAUGAUGAUGUCGUAGUGAAAACAAAGUUUGUAGGGGGCAUUGCUCAGAUCAUUGCUGCCCAGGAAGAAAUGCUGAAGAAAGAACGAGAACUGGAAGAAGCUAGAAAAAAAUUGGCCCAGAUCCGCCAGCAGCAGUAUAAAUUCCUACCCACUGAACUGAGGGAGGAUGAAGGUUAAGGCCAGAGCCCAGGUGGUGAGCCCCAGGGAACAGCUCUACAAGAACUGGACAGACAGUGUUCCUGAGAGGCUGGGCAUAUACCUGGAAACAGCCUGCCUCCCCCUGGGGCCUGCCCAGAGCCCUGAGUGCUCAUGCCCACUUCUCUGUCCUGUCAGGCACCACUGCAUGAUCAUGUCACACGGUACAGUGUCCCACCCACAGCUCCUCCACCACCUCCCCUCAUGCCUCACCAUAUCUCAGGAGAGAGGGGGGCACACGUUUCGUGGACUAUUACCAAAAAAGGAGAAGUCAGUAUUAUGUCGUUCUCAGACACCUUUGCUUUUGUUGGCCCUUCUCUAGCCCUGUUCCUGGGCCUUUUGUGAAAUCUUGAUUGGAAAAAAAAUAACAGCUUGGGAGAAAUCACUGAUGUCAUAGAUAAUGCAAGAUGUUCUACUCCCUCAGGAGAAGAUGGAAGUUGCAGUUGGACACAGAUAAUAAAAGCCACAAAUAUAAUCCAGUGUGGACUCCAGGAGGGUGACCAAAGUCCCCCUUCCAUGUCUGAAACACUGGCUUACCCAGAGGGUAAAGAAAUCCUACUCCUGUUUGCACGCUUUCUUGCCUCAGUGUGUAAGCUCCUUGUACAGUCUAGACCCAUCUUGUAUUCUGUGGCCCAGAAAAUCAAACAGUGAUUUUUUUUUCCCUCCAUAAUCCAAAGGACAGAGUUAUGGGGCGCUAUCAGGGCUUGGUGAGCAGGAGCUGUAAUAAAAUAUGUGGGCUCCUUACUCUACAGAGACUGUUUCAGUUCAUACAAAUUCAUCCACACAAACUCAUGUCCCACAAAUGAACAUCAAUACAACAUCUCCCUCAUAAAUAGUAAAAGUGGGGAUUUAGCUGGAGUCAAGCACUUUUUUGAUAACUCCUUUCCGGUCUUCUCUGCACUCAAAAUCAUCAGAAUUCGUUAUUGGAAGGCAUCUAUUAAAAAAAAAUCUAUCACCUGUCCUCCAUCCUAAGAUGGGCAUUUUUCUCUGUUUCAGCAUUCUUAAAGUGUAGAUGCAUCCUGAAGUCAAUACAAACCUUUAACAAGAUUGUUUUGCAUACUAUCAUAUCUUCUAAGGGAAGACGUGAUAUUUUCGGAGUUCAUCUUCUGGAUGCCACUCUUGCAGAAAUUCAUAUUUUUCCACUCUUUAACUUUCCAGAACCCUGUCCUUGGAAAAACAUUUUAAGCCUUGACUUUACCUUUAAUCUGAGCCUGUACCCAAGUCAGUACAUGGGAGACGAAUGACUUGUGGAUAGGUGCUAAUGCAUCUAUCGUGUCUUUGAAAGGAUCUGAUGGGGGGACAAUAGAGGUAGGUGAACAUGUGGGAUGACUGUUGAGAACGAUCAUUCCUCACUUCUCUGCAAUUUUGUGGUGUCAUGUUCUCAUAAUUCAUCUACAGUAUAGUUUCAAAGUUACACCCAGGGGGGAACGUCAAUGCUGUGAUCCUAAAAAUGUGACACCUCAAGACCUUGCCCAACAGUCCUGCCUUAACAGACCCUCCCCCAUGUCAUGGUUAUAGGAUACAAUUAAACAUUUGACAGUUUUUCAUAUUUAUAAGAGACUUGUAAGUGCUACAUGUUGAUUUGGUUUUUUUCCUCAGACAUCUAGAAAGCUAGAGGAAAUAAUACCUAAGGAAAAGGCAAGUGGAAUGUAGAGGGAGGCAGGCACCAACUCUGAAAAGGAGGGAGCCUUGGCUCUCAGGGGAAAGGUAACCCUCUUUCAAUGGACAAGUACAACUCUUCGUCCCUGCCCUGGGGUGCACCCCUGCAGACCUCAGGGGAAAAACUCCUGGGGUGGGGGGAGGAGGGGUUCUUCCUGAGAGGUACUCCAUGGAUGGAUAAGAGUGCAAUCUGAACAUCUUAGGAAGCAGCGUUCCUAAAGUUCAGAGUCAAGACAUGAAAAUGGCUUUAUGGAGCAGCACUCUGGGGGCCUCCAUGGCCUGCCCUUUUUUUUUCUUCCAACCUGUGGUAUUGCCCUCUCCCCUUCGCCUGUCCCGUCAUGGCCUGCUUCCCAGGAACCAGUGAGUUCUCUGUCCCUGCCUUGAGAGUUGUUUAAAACCUACAUUUGCCACUAGGAAAACCUCCAGAGACAGGCCAAAUGGAAAGGCCUGUCCAUGUCAACCUCAAAGAACAGGCAUAAAAUUUAUUUUCACAGAACUUGUAUCAGUAUCUUCCUGUCUGGGGUGUUCUGCUGCUAGGAUCUUUUGGGAAGUCGGUUCCAAAUUGUCACCAAGUAUGCUGCUGGUUCUUCAUUUGUCCUUUCUCAUUUCAUAAAAUGGUUGCAAGGCUAUACUUUGGGCAUUAAUCAAUAGGUGCUACUGCAGGUGUCCCACAUGACUUGAGGGGGGAUUUGUUGUUCUUCAGAAGGAAAUGCCACAGAUAGUUGAAUUUUGGGAUGUAGCUUUUAUUUCAAAACAUCUAAUAAGAGGAUGGUUUCAGUGUAAAUAUGGGCCAGAGGAAAUCCAUUUCUCCUGUGCAGGGGGUACAGAUGUGCCAAGAAGGAAACUAACUGGGUUUUGAAUCCUUACGCUAAUCAUUGUGAAAGAAAUUCUGGUCCCUGAAGGUCAAAAAGGGACUUCAGAACUACCCAGGGAAUAAAAAAUUGAAUUUAGCUUGGUUCUGCCUUUCAAGAAGUCUCUGGAUAAUGAUGCUAAAACCACAUUCAAUUAAACAACCACCCCUUGUUUAAACUCUGCCAGUGUCCAGUUGGGUGUUGCCCUGAUAGUCAGUACAGGCAGGUACCUGGGUGGUCCUCAAGUCAGGUGUCCUGGGACCACAGGCUACCGACAGCAGGGCCAGUGGGCCACAAAUGAUGAGCAGCCUGUACCACAGCCUGUGCUCCUGACACAAAGCCCUUUAGAAUUUUCAUAGGCUUUCCCUGCUUGUCCUGGGCGUUUUAUCAGUCAAUUUAAAGAAAACCAAAGUCUAUUCCUAAUUUGUGAAGACAUUGUAACCAAAUUUCACCAUCCUCUCCCCACUUCACCCUCACACUGAGUGAACCCUGUUAACCAGGAAACAAGGCAACAGUGGUUAAAAAAAAAAAAAAAUCAUGGACUCUGCUCCCUGGGGAUUCACAGGCCUCCUGCUCAUGAGCUUGUUUCCUCCUUGGCACAUGAUCCCUUAAAUCUUCUCUCCUGGUUCUGAGAUUCUGGGCUCUGUAGGGCCUCUGGGGAUUCUGGCCAUAAAACUCCAACACAGAUUUUCAGCCUGUACAGUCCUCAGCCUCCUGCUGACCAAAGGAACGGCCCCCUUGGAAAGCCUUAUGGGAACCAAAGAAUUGGGAGGAAAUGUCAACUUCAGAUUAAGUGGCAGCAGAGUUUAGAAACCCAAAGAUCCUGACAGCUGUGCUGGUGACUCGGGUCCUGCCUCUCCACAGCCUCUGGAGGGGUCUCUGCAGGGAAAAAAAGGUGUCUUCCCCAACAGGGUUCCCUAGUACUACCACUUAAAAGCGACCAAGACUGCUGCUCCAUCUUUUUUAGCUUGUUCUUGGUAUGUUGUGUUCAUGGACCUUAAGAACAGGUGUGAGAUAGAGGUGAGCUGCUAUUAACUGAAUAAAAACAAACUGCAAAGAGACAUUUCUGUAAAAGAGGUUUGGAUUUGACUUUCCUCUGAACCCAUCUUCCGGCCCUCCCGAUAAGUGUCCAUGUGUAAGUCACCCGCUGGAAUCUCCUGGAUCCUCCAAACUGGAUUUCAGCAGUGGCCUCUUCAUCAAACUGUAAAAUCCAUAAGCAAACGGAAAGCUAAGCUCUGCCCUGUGUCAUAAUGUCUUUAUUGAUCUGAUCACAUAAAUUAUUUUUUUUAAUUCUCCAGAAAUAAACUUUUAAAGGAAUGAACUUGUGUGAAAGUCUCGUCGGAACAGGAGAAAGAUGGAAGAGAGGGAAGAGAAUGUGUCUUCACCAUGUAAGAGAAAUUCCAUCAGGAGCACUGGCUCUGUAGUUACAGAUGAGUAUGAAAAGAGUAUAGAGGCUGUGUGUGUGUGUUUGCGUUCGUGUGUGUGUGUGUGUGGCAAAGUCACAGGGCACCACUGAAUUCAAUGCAAUUUUGCUAACACUCUGAGGAAACGCAAAAGAAAUAGGCCUUGAAUGGGAAGAUGCAAUUAUUUUCCUCAGAAAAAAGCAGGCUUCCUGCAUAAGUAGCUCCGGGGCAUUUUGACCACACAUGCUAGCUGGUGUGGAAGACUGUGCAGCUGAAUACAGCAUGCAAAUGCUCUUUCCAAGCUUGACUCUGGGCUCAACCUGGAAAAGCUUCCACCUCUGCCAUUGAAGGUCUUCAAUGGCAGGGAUUAUUAUAUCCUGUAGGGAGCAGGUGCAGAUUCUUGGCCAGAGCUCUUGUUGGGGGAAACCAGACUCAGAAAAAUGUGAGGUUUUUCUAAUCUGCAAGAGGCAGAAGUCAAAGAAUCACCGUAGCAACAGAGAAAGUGUCACUGGUAUGUCUAGCAACUAAGGAUUAUUUUCUCUCUUUAAAUGGUGAUUUAGAACCCCUAGGC